AGUUCCACAUUAACAGUGUACGGUGCUGUGUGCAUCAUCAAAUGCAUAAAAUGCAGCCGAAUGACUUGAAAAUGUUUACUAUAUUCCUCAGUUGAUGGUGCGAUUUGUAGGUGUCCAAGUGACACGCAUUUUCCUCCGCUCGUAUUUUUAUUUAGAAUUUUACUUUUCCCUCCCCGAAAGCUCCCAAGCCAAUAAAUAAAUAAAUUCCCUUUAAAACAUCCCCCAGUGUGUGUGUGUUGGCCCAUCAACUCCCUCAUCUUUUUCUUGUGAAUCUUCUUUUCUUUUUAAUAAAAUAAAAAUAAAAUAAAAGUCAUGGAUUUCGAUGCGGAAGACAGUGAAACGAGUGAGAGUGAGAAUGGGGAAUUUAUUGAAAAAGUUCUGCAAUUAAGUGAGAAUGAUUUAUCAAUUAAAAUCGACAGUGUUGAGUGUGAGCCAGGGAGUCGUCAGGGUGAUAACUACAUGUCGCUAAUUAAACGUGCCACUGUCCAAGGAAAGCGUCAUAAUUUAGAUUACCAGAGAAAGCUCAUCGUGAAGCGCCAAAUAUCGAGUAUAUCGCGUCGACAGCUCUUCCGGUGCGAUGAGGCGUUUGCGAAUGAAAUUGCUGCAUAUACGAAAGUACUUCCGCAUCUCCGGCGAUUCUCUGGCAAUCGUCUACCCUACCCCAAGUGUCUCUUUGCUGGAUUUGACGAUGCCGAGAAGGAGGUGAUUAUUUUUGAGGACCUCUGUGAGAGUGGCUUUGAAAUGGAGGAUAGACUGAAGGGAUUGGACUAUGCUCAUUGUUCGCUCGUCAUGAAAGAAUUGGGAAAUCUUCAUGCAAUUUCUCUUGCAAUGAAAGUCACAGAACCGGAAGUAUUUGAAACAAUUCGCCGAAAUAUAUCGGAGAUUGUUUACUGCCCGGAAGCACGAGAAUUCAUUUCGAACACAUUGGAAUGCUCCCUGAGGGACACCCUGGCCAGCCUACAGGCCUCCAAUGGGGACAAGCACCUAACGGAGGCAAUUGCUAAAAUUGAACGGAUGCAGGGCAGCAUGUAUGACAUAAUGUCAUGCCAUGUGCUGGAGAAUGAAGAAAGCUGGAGGGUGAUCUGCCACGGUGAUGUAUGGAUCAAUAAUCUCAUGUUUCGCCGCAGGAAAUCAACAGGGUGUGCUGAGCAAGUGAAAUUGGUGGAUUUGCAGACAAUGCGCUGCACAUCCCCCGUGAUUGAUAUCCUCCACUUUAUCUACACGAGCACCGUAAGGGAUUUCCGUCAGGCGCACCUUGACCAAUUAAUCACGGACUACCGUGAAGCCCUUAUCAAAUCACUCCACAUCUAUCUCCCAGCCGAGGACACCCUCAAGCGUCUACAGAUGCAAUUCACCGUGGAUAGGAUUAAGGAGGAGCUCCAUCGGAAGAUGCUGUAUGGCCUUGGGAAUGCCAUGUGGCUCAUGCCAGCUGUUACCUUUCACCCCAAUCGCAUACCCGACUUGAAUGCUGUGACAAUUACGGAUUUUGGGAAUAGUACACAAAUGACACAGAUGGUGACACCAGAGUACCAUCGGAGGAUCCGUGAGAUGCUCCUUGAAUUCCAAGAGGAGGGAAUUUUGCAGAAUUUAUGAUUAAAAAAAAAUCAGUAUAUAUGGUCGGUCUUACAUUGGCUGGCCCAACAUAACAAUCAGAGCAACAAAAACCUGUGAUUUUACUUUUUUUUUCGUUUAAUCCUCAACUCAGAGCAUGAUUGAGGAUGAGUUUCAGCACCUACAUCAAAAGAAAGUUCUUUUAAAAAACAAAUUCUUAAAUAAAAAUUCUAAGAAAAAUGUUAAA